AUUAUUGAAUUUUUAUCAACAAUUUUUUAUAUUAUUUUAUACUGCCGAGUACUUACAAUUUAAAAAAAAAAUUAUUCGCAAUGUAAUGAGACAGUUUUGAGUAUCAACUAUCAAGUCACAAAUGUGCAAAAUGUCGUGAAUUGGAUCCGUGCGCUCCACACAAAAAUGAAAUGGCGGCUGAUUUCUACUGUGCUAUUCGCAAUCGUUCUGACGGCACAACCCGCCACCCAAGAUCCGUAUGCCAUUCUUGGCAUAUCAAAGGCCGCAUCAUUGGCUGAAGUUAAAAAUGCCUACCGAAAUCUGGUGAAGAUAUGGCAUCCGGAUAAGAGCAACCAUCCAGAAGCUGAGACCAAAUUUAUCGAAAUAACAACAGCUUAUGAAUCAUUGACGAACAGAGACAAGCCAGAUAGUUAUGCUGCACCUACAAACAGUUUUUCCAGCAAUUUUAAUCAAUUUUUCGACUUUGACAUGGACAACUUUUUUGACAAUGUGCAUCAUCGCUAUACUUUUGAAUUCUUUAGAAAAUUACAAAUAAAUUUGGAUGAAUUUAAUUCAUUAAUGCUAACAAAAAAUAGCAAAAAGCUUACUUUAAUACUGUUUUAUUCUGAAUUUUCUCUUGCUUUUCUUAAAGCACAAUCUGUUCUUAAAAAGGUUAUCGAAGAUGUCGUACCAAUCGGGGUAGAUUUUAAAACAAUGAAUAAAGAUAUGGAACCUUCAGCAUUUUGGAGAGCUAAAGGAGUGUUUAUUCCUCAUUUAGUAUCAAUCAUAGAUUCAAAUCUCAUAGUUUAUCAAGAAUCAUUUCAGAGUGCUGACAAUAUUAUUAACUUUAUAAGAAAGAGUUUGCCAGUCAACCUUAUACCUGAAUUCAAUGAUGUUACAAUUGAUAAAUUCUUGAAUACUUGGUCAACUGAUAAUCAUGUACGGGCAUUAGUUAUGCAACCUGGAUCUCCUUUGAGAAUACGUUAUGCUUUAAUUGCACUUGAGUAUCGAAACCAUAUUAAUUUUGGGUUCAUGAAUAUUGGACUGUAUGAGUGUCGAUCAACACGAGACCGAUAUAAAGUACCACAUGAUAAAGAUACUCUAUUAAUAUUGAAAGAAAAUGUUAGACAUCCAGCUGCACAUCUCUCUAUGGCAUACAUACCGAUGGUUGGUCUCCGUGACCUGAUGGAAAGCAAUAAAUAUUUGACCUUACCUAGGCUAUCUUCACAAGAUGUUUUUGAUACUCUUUGCCCAGUUGGCCAGAAACAGUUUUGUCUGGUGUUAGUGUCUCGUAACUCUCCUAAUCAUGAGGCUCAUCGACAAUCUAUCAGACGUUUCGCUCAAGAAGCUCGUUCUAUUUACCCUGACGUGCGACUAGCCUUCAUGUAUGUGUUUAGAGAGAGACAGCCACAUUUCAUUAAUUCAUUAAUACAGGGCAGUGAAAGUCCAAGUGAACCAUUACUUCAUAUAGUCUUGUUGACUAGGCUCAAUAAAAUCAUGGUCAGUUAUAAAUGGCUUUUGGGAGACGACUAUAAUGAUUGGGCUAACUAUGAUUUGACUAAAGAGAAACUAACUGGAGUGUUGAAUGCACUGCUCGGCAGUGAAGCGGCUUGGACACUGAGUAAUGAAGCUCAUAUUGGCGUUGUGUUAGAUGAACAUGGUCAGAGCUUAUUAGUGCGUAUUGCUGCAAGAGCUCAACAGCAUAUCAUAACUAUGUUUUACACCAUGAUCGAUAUGACCAUAAACCAUGGAUUAUUCUUUAUGUACAUUGUGUUUUUGAUGAUUGGAACGAUGGUGGUCAUGUAUUUUGUAUACAUUUUAGUGGAAAACGAAAUAAAAGAAAUAAAUAAAAAAGUAGAUAAAACUAAACCAAAACCAUCUCAAACUAAUAAACAACGUGAACUUAAACUUCAUGAACUGAGAGCAGAAACUUAUAAUGGACUUGUGCGACUUAUCAAACCAGGGUGUCGCACCAUUAUACUGUUGAUAGACAACAGCACUGCUCUUUUACUGGCCCGACAAUUUUAUCAUACUGUGUGGCCGUACAGAAAGAAUAAGUCAUUAAUGUUUGGAUAUUUAAACCUUGAUCGUUCUCCAUCCAGAGACUGGUACUGCGAAUUAUUAUCAUUAAGCCUUACAGACACAAACAAAAGCAUACACAUUAAUACACGAAAUUGUGUGGGUACAGUGUUAUCGUUGUGUUCUCUAAAAAAGUAUUUCUGCAUGUACCAUGCUAAACACCCAGAAUCCUCACGACAUAAAAAUGAUAAGUGGAGAAGAGUUGGUAUGAAACCACCAAAUAACGGUGGAGAAUUUUGGGGUUUUAAUGAAGAGUCCGAUGAAGACAAUUACAGUUUUGAUGAAGAUGAAGAAAAUACUGCUGGUUUUAAACCUAUUUUAAAGGAUAAAGAAGAUGAAAUUCGAACAGAACAUUUGCUAGAUGGGUUACCUAUGUGGCUGGAUAGGUUGUUUGAAGGCAGUACAACAAGAUACCAAAUAAAUUAUUGGCCAGACUUCAAGGUAUAAAAAUGGAAAAUUAUGAAAGAAGUAUUCUCACAAAAUUCAAUUUUAAGUAUUUUUACUAAUUUGUAUUAAUAUAAUAAUUGUUUUACCAUAUUCUAGUCUUAAAAGCAUUCAUUGUAAUCCAAUGGUAUUAAUGCUCGCUUGUAUAAGUUUGUUUUAAGCUUAUUGGUUGUUUUUACUUUCUUUAUAUUAUAUUUUAUUGUGGUUUUCUCA